CUCUCAACUCUAUAAGGUUACUCCAACCCCAACCCCAACUCAACUCCUAUAAAAUAAAAUCCGUUCAUCAUUCCCGCAACUAAUAUGAAAUUCUAAAAGUUGAAGUCUUUUGAAGUAACAACUAAACGGGCAAAAUUCGCCUUUUGUUCAUUACUUCAUGUGAUUGUUAUCAAUUGUGAUGCUCAAACCAGUGUUGUUGCUAAAAUUUAAGGAUACUCUUGUUGUUGUCUUCAGUUGAUUUGUGAUUUAGAACUACGAGUUCAAGAAAUUUAAUCUGAACUUAAGAAUUUAGAACACAAGAUCAGCUUGAACUGGUCAUGGCUUCUAAAAUUUGCCGCCAUAUUUGGACAUGAUGGAAUUUGAUGGCGUCUCUGAAGAACACAAUCGCACGCUUCCUCGAAGAAUGCAGGAGCAUGAGAGAGCUCAAACAACUCCAUUCCCAAAUUAUCACAUCGCCACAUUUUUCGGAGAAAGACCGGUACUUCCUCUUUUCUCGUCUGCUCUUCUUCUGCACUGUCUCUCAUUCUGGCUGUCUCGAUUACGCCACGGAUGUGUUCAGAAUGAUAGAGAACCCAAAUCUCUUUGUAUACAACGCCAUGAUUAGAGCCCAUGCAAGUAAAAAUAGCAAUGGAGAGGCACCCAGUUCGUGCGGGGCCUUAAUUCUGUACAAGCAACUGCUGGGGCGCAGCAUUGUGCCUGAUUGCCUGACAUUCCCGUUUCUUUUGAAAGAAUGCACAAGGAGGUUAGACUGCGGGACGGGUCGAAGCGUUCAUGGGCAUGCUGUCAAGUAUGGGUUGGGAGAUGAUGUAUUUAUCCAAAAUUCUUUCAUAAGUUUGUAUUGUGCAUGUGGGAGUAUGGAUAGUGCACGGAGGGUAUUUGAUGAAAUGUCGAGCAGGGAUGUUGUUUCGUGGAAUUCGAUAAUUAUUGGGUGCUUGAGAAGCGGCGAUCUUGACUCCGCCCUGAAUCUUUUUAGGAGUGCGAAGAAGAGAAAUGUUAUUACUUGGAACUCGAUCAUAUCGGGUUUUGCUCGGGGGGGUCGGCCAAAGGAGGCUGUAGAAUUUUUCCAUGAAAUGCAAAUGGCCGGUGAUGAACCGGACAAGUUUACUGUUGCAAGUGUCCUCUCAGCUUGUGCCUCUCUUGGUGCCAUUGCUCAGGGAAAAUGGGUACACUUGUUUCUGAAAAGAAGUGGAUUAGAGUGUGAUAUGGCCAUUCAAACAGCAUUGGUGGACAUGUACGGUAAAUGUGGGCUUGUUGAAAGAGCAGUUGAGAUCUUUAAAGAAAUGCCUAAGAAAGAUAUUUCAGCAUGGACGGCUAUGAUUUCUGUUUUUGCACUACAAGGGUAUGUUAAAGAGGCUUUUGAUCUUUUUACAGAAAUGGAAGCACUUGGCGUGAGGCCAAAUCCUGUGACAUUUGUUGGGCUGCUGUCAGCUUGUGCUCAUUCAGGAUCAGUGGAGAAAGGUCUCUGGUGUUUUGACUUGAUGAAACGUGUUUACUCAAUUGAGCCACAGCUCCAACACUAUGCUUGCAUGGUUGAUAUACUUAGUCGAGCUGGAUUUUUUGAGGAGGCAGAGAGGCUUAUCAGUAAUAUGCCAGUGGAGCCAGAUGUGUUUGUUUGGGGUGCUGUGCUUGGAGGCUGUCAAAUGCAUGGGAACACAGAGUUGGGAGAAAAGGUUGCAGAAUACUUGAUUAAUUUGGAACCUUCAAACCAUGCUUUCUAUGUUACUUUGUGUGAUAUAUAUGCCAAAGCUGGUAGAUUUGAUGAUGCAAAGAGAUUUCGAGCGCUUAUGAAUGAGAAAGGGAUUAAGAAGGUUUUUCCAGGUUGCAGCAUGAUUGAAAUUGAUGGCAUUGUCCAUGAAUUCUCAGUGAGAGGAUCACCUGAAAUUCUGUUAGAGAAAUUGACGUGCAUGUUAAAUUAUUUAAGUGAUGCAAUGAAGUCAGAAAGAACUAUGCUUGAAUAAGCCUUGGAGAUGGAGAUCACAAUACAACAGCAAAUGAAGCCUUAAUCCCAUUAUGUGGGGUCAACUUAGCUACAUUAAUUGUAGCUUGCCAAUCAUUUUUGUCUAUAAUUUUAUUUCUAUAACACCCUUACAAUUCAUACCAUACCUAAAAAUUUCUUACCAAGUUUUUCUUAGUCUACUUCUAUCUUUUUUGUUAAAUACUUAUUCUAUUCAUCCACUCUCCUCAUAAGAAUCU